GCUCGGGCAGCGCCGCUUCCCCUCGGCCCGUCCCGCCCCCUGCCCGGAGGCGCGACCGCUCGCGCUGUUUGCCCGCUGCUCCGGGUAACGGCUGCCGCGCGCCCCGCCGCCAUAGCAACGCAUCGCCUCGCUUGCGGCCCGAGAGGCGAUGGCGGGGGCCGGCUCGGUUCGUCCAGGGCAAGGUGUCCACCUGUGAGACAAGCCAAGACCAUGGGAGCGGCACUGGCAAGAGCUGCACAGUGGACUGCUGCUGGUUCUGGAACUGGCACGCUUGAAAUCACUCCUCUGAAUGAAUCUCUUUUAAAUCAGAUUGUUAAGUUUGCAGAGGAUUUCAGCACUAGACACCCUCAGGAAGCAGCAUUUGUCUUCAGGGAGCCCCUAGAGUGGAAAACGCAGUUGGGCUGUUCAGCGUUUGGAGAGGGUUAUGAGACAGAUGAAGCAACCGUUCAGUCUGAAGCCAAAGAUGAAGAUGGACAACCCUUACUUCUCCUCACAGCCUCAAAUCUGAAAGUUCGCAAUUUUGACCAGCUGUCCCAUUUGCUACAAAUUAACGUGGAUAAAAAGUUAAAGGAAGCACAGGCGUGCCUUGAAGCUAACAGGGAUCCUAUAGUUAAAAUUCUUGGCCCUGAAUAUGGGACUGUUGAAGGAGAAGAUACCUCACUGUUGUGCUUACUUGAAAAAAUGAAAAAAGAUGAUGAUCCUCAAACAGAGAUGAAAAUGAAAAUCGCUAUUCUUCUUCAUCAGCUGGAUAUGCAACUCCUUAACAGUUCUUUAAAACACAUUUCACAAGAUGUAAGACUAAACCCAGCUGCUGUGAAUAAUGAAGUGAAUCUUCUCAAGAAUUUCUCUGGGAAAGGAGAGAAUACAGUACUGGAAUCACUGGAAUACACAUCAGAUUACACAUUCUCUAACGGAUGCAGAGCUCCUCCAUGGAGACAAGUGCACGGGGAAAUUUGUUACUUAAUCAUCAAACCACACGACACUGAUCCUUUGUGUAUCACUUGCAGCACAGCAGGAGUGUUUUUAAAUGGAGGUGAAAUAAAGGGUAAAGAUGAAAUUGACUAUGAAAGAAAAAGUGAUGUGUAUAAAGAUAUUGUCACAUUUUUAAGAGAAAGAUCACCUAAGUUUGUGGAAAAUAUGGCUAAGCAGGAAUUUACAUUUUUUAAAGAACCGACAUAUGAGAAAAAUGAUCAGCAUGUAGAAGUAGUUGCUAAGGUCUCCGGCCAAUCCCCAAACCUUGAUGAUUACACAGAAAAGAAUGAAUAUGAGAAAAAGAAAAGUUCUGCUGAAAAAAGCAGAUCCACUGACAAGAGGAUAUUAGAACCAUCUAUGAAGUGGAAGAAUAUUGGUCUUUCUGCUGCCCGCAGUGACAAAGUUGCAAGAGAAAAAGAACAGAGAAAGAGUACUGUAUCUGGGAAAAAAAAAAAGAAAGCCUCUGGUACUUCUUCUGAAUCUGUUAAAAUUCCAUCAGCUUUAAAAUGUAAAAUAUCAGACAUGUUUGAAGAAGUUAGUGAAAGUUCUUCAGAGACUGAUGAAGAUGAAGAACAACCUGUACGUCACCAGGAAGGAAGCACUGAUUUGCCAUCAGAAUACUGGGGAAUUCAGAAACUUGCAAAAUAUUUAAGGGGAGGUAAUCCAACAGCUACUGUAAUUGCACUGUGUGCAAUGAGAGACUUCAACCUUGCUCAAGAAACUUGCCAGCUGGCCAUCAGAGACAUUGGAUGUCUUGAAGUGUUAAUUAAUUUGCUUGAUACAGAAGAAAUUAAAUGUCAGAUUGGUUCAUUAAAAAUCCUAAAAGAAAUUAGUCAAAAUACACUGAUCAGACAUGCAAUUGUGGAUCUUGAAGGCUUACAGAUCAUGGUGAAAAUACUGGACUCUCCAGAUACAGAUCUAAAAUGUUUGGCUGCUGAAACAAUUGCUAAUGUUGCUAGAUUUAAACGAGCACGAAGUACAGUAAGACAUUAUGGAGGAAUCAAGAGACUGGUUGGGCUGUUGGAUUGUAUGUCAGUGAGAUCGACUGGUCUUAUACCGUAUCAAGCAAAAGAUACUGAAAAAGCACGCUGUGGGGCUUUAGCACUCUGGAGCUGCAGCAGAAGUACCAAAAAUAAGGAAGCAAUCCGUAAAGCUGGCGGCAUUCCAUUAUUGGCUAAGUGGCUUAAAAGUUCACAUGUAGACAUCCUAACCCCAGUUGUAGGGAUAUUACAAGAAUGCGCCUCAGAGCCAAGUUACAGACUUGCAAUAAGAACAGAAGGAAUGAUUGAAAACCUUGUGAAAAAUCUGAGAAGUGAACACGAGGAGCUUCAAAUGCAUUGUGCCAGUGCCAUAUUCAAGUGUGCAGAAGAUAAGGAGACACGUGACCUGGUUAGACAGCAUGGAGGUCUACAACCACUGUCUGUUCUACUUGAUAACUCUGAAAAUAAAAGACUUUUAGCAGCUGUGACUGGAGCAAUCUGGAAAUGUGCAAUCAGUGAAGAAAACGUAUCAAAAUUUCAUGAAUAUAAAGUCACAGAAGCUUUGGUAGGACUGCUCACUGAUCAACCUGAAGAAGUUCUUGUAAAUAUCGUUGGAGCACUGGGGGAAUGUUGCCAAGAACCAGCAAAUCGAUCAAUUAUCCGUAAAUGUGGUGGAAUACCACCCCUAGUGAAGUUACUUACUGGAACUAAUCAGGCAUUACUUGUGAACGUCACGAAAGCAGUGGGAGCUUGUGCAACAGAACCUGAGAAUAUGAUGAUAAUUGACCGUUUAGAUGGAGUUCGUUUGUUAUGGUCAUUGCUGAAAAAUCCUAAUCCAGAUGUUCAAGCAAAUGCAGCUUGGGCUAUUUGUCCUUGCAUUGAAAAUGCCAAGGAUGCAGGGGAAAUGGUUCGGUCCUUCGUGGGUGGCUUGGAGCUUAUAGUCAAUUUGCUAAAAUCAAAGAAUAAAGAAGUUUUAGCCAGUGUCUGUGCAGCCAUUACAAAUAUAGCUAAAGAUGAAGAAAAUUUAGCUGUUAUAACAGAUCAUGGAGUUGUCCCUCUGUUGUCUAAACUAGUAAACACGAACAAUGACAAAUUAAGACAUCACUUAGCAGAGGCCAUUUCUCACUGUUGCCUGUGGGGAAACAAUAGAGUUACCUUUGGAGAGAACAAGGCAGUAGCUCCUCUAGUACACUACUUGAAGUCAAAUGAUCCAUUGGUCCAUAGAGCUACAGCUCGGGCUUUGUAUCAGCUUUCAGAGGAUCCCAGCAACUGUAUCACCAUGCAUGAAAAUGGAGUGGUGAAGCUCCUACUGGCUAUGGUAGGCUCUACAGAUGAAACUCUGCAGGAGGCAGCAGCUGGUUGCAUAGCAAACAUUCGCAGAUUGGCUCUAGCAACAGAAAAAGCAAAGUAUGGCUGAUGCUUUAACAGCUUUUACCAACACCCUUGAGUUGCAAUCCAACGACAUUUGAAUAUGUGAUUACUUCUAGCAUUGGUGUUUCAUAGCAGAGCUCAUUUGAAUGAGAAUAGUUCGUUUAAAAAAAUACAUCUGUGGAAAAUGGUUUUUGGAUUUGCUUUAAUAAUUUGUCACACCUAAAGUUCAGACAACACUCAGCUAGUUUUCUGGAUGUUUUAGUAUUACAUCUUAUAAAAGAAUACCAGUCAUGUCUAAGAGAUGCUUUCUACAAUAAUAAGCUUGUCUUUGUCUUUGAAAUUAAUUGUAGAUAAAUAGUGG